AUUUUUAGCAUGUUUGCCACAAGCGGGCGGAGCUAAGGAGGCUGAGAUGGAGGGAUGCUGCUGAAAAGCAGGUGGAGACCGCUGAUGUUUACAGGAUGCCCUUUGCCGAGGCAGGAUCAGAAGAAGCUGGAUAGGAGGUUCAUCAUAGGGAGCAGAUUUGACCGUGCGGAGGGUUUAAUCUUUGUUUCGGAUCGCGGAGAGGGCACAUUUUGCGCUCCGCCGCACAGAGAUUGACUGGCUGGGAAAGGCUCCGUCUGUGUCUGUCGCGUCGCUGGAGAUUGCGACGAUGUGAUGCUCCAUCUUUGGGACGACGGCCGAAGCCUUUUUCCCUGAAACCUGAUAUUAUGCAGGAAACGAGGGUUGGUGGACGGAUUAAAGGGGAACAAAGCACCGGUUUAGAAAACGUUUUGCGAACUGGCAGCCAACUAUGGUUGACCCCUCGGAGGCUGAGGAGCAGACUAAAUGUAAAGGCCCACAAUUUGACACACCAGCUGUGGCCACCGAAGACCCUCGACUGCCAGAAAACACGGAUAGCACGACAACAGAGGAAGAUGGGGAUGCUGGUUUUGAGACACCACCAACUGGCAGUUCUGAGCAGAGCCCCUGCCACACUGCAUCUUCAGCAGCACCAGAGGUCACCUCUGAGGGCUCAGCACCUCAGCAACCACAGACUCAGACUGACACAGAAAUGUCUCCAAAACUGCACCUGGAUCUGUACAACUUUGACUCGCCAGCCGCAGAGGGCAGCCGCUACGUGUUAACAAGCCCCCGCUCUCUGGAGGCUUGUGCUCGAUGUGGGGUCAAACCUGUGGAGCUGCUGCCCCGCCCGCUCUCUGACUUUGCCCGGGAGGCUCCUGGCCGCUCCAUGCGUGUCGCCACAGGCUUGUUCGAAGUCUAUGAGAGGGACAGGCAUGCCAAACUGAGGCAGUGCAGGGAAGAGAGGGAAAGGAUUGUCAGGGAGGAAAAAAGAAGGAUUCUACAGGCAGCAGUCAACAGCAGCAGUGCAUCUUCUGUGGAUAAAACAUCUUCUGGAUCCACCCAGGCUUCUAAGUCGGUGCCAGUGACCUCCAGCUCCGCCAUCAAUGCUGGAACAGCUUCGAGAGCCACAGCAUCAGGUCCAACCUCUAAAACAGGUGCAGCUCUUUUAUCCAAAGCACCUCCCUCCACUCUUAGUACCUCCCCUAAAUCUUUUCAUGCGGGAUCUACCACAUCCUUAAAAACUGGCUCCACAACCUCUACACCAGCUUCCAAAACUGGAUUUGUAGGAUCUGCAAAGCAUCCUCUGUCCUCAUCCCCUGAAUUAACAAAACCCAUACGGCCACUUUCAUCUGGCCCCCCACCAGUAGUUAGGAAAUCCUCUGAUGGCAAAUCUUCAAACACUUUUCCUAGACCGACACCAAAACCCCCUUCCUUCCCCAGAGCCAACUCCACUUUAACUCCAUCAGUGUCAAAACCUGCAGUUCAGAGCUCUGGGGUGCCUCUGAACGGUGUAACAGGAGGAUCAUUUUCACAGCACAAUGGACAUCUUGGAUUUCAUUCCAAGGUGCGAGGAAAAAGCCAUUCGCUGGAAUCUUUACAGCGAAGGAUGGAUCCCAUCUGCUCUUCAACCUCCACUACUACAACUACGACUACAUGCACCUCAUCAGAGUCGGGCGCUUCCUCUUCGUACAGUUGGGAUGGUGCACGAGAUCACUGGGCUAGAGUCUCCAGUCCUCGAGCUCGCACUCUGGCCACUUUCAACUCCCUAAUGGGCCGCAGCCUCAGCCUCGGCGAUCUGAGCCACUCUCCUCAAACAACACAGAAGGUGGAGCGCAUAGUGAAGGAGGUGAAGCGCCGAGGCCUGAAGGCUGUGUCCGAGCGAGACCGCAAGAUUGCGGCUUUGAUGCUUGCCAGAUAUCAAGAGGAAGACAUCAUGAGUCAGACUCGUUAUGUGGCUCACCUUCAGUGGGAUAGUGAGCGCAGAAUGGAGGAGCUACGGCGAGAGCAGGAGGACAGAGAGAAGCAGCGUGCCGUGCUUCAGUGUCAGAGAGUGUGGCAGACUCAGGUGUCAAUGCGUCAGCGAAGACUCAGCCAGCAGGAGCGAGCAUCAGCAGCUGCCAAAAUGCGACAGGCCGAGGAGAGCGAGGAGCGAUGGAGGGAGCUUGCAGAACAGCAAGAGCGAAAUCGCCUGCUGAAGUUACAGCAGGCAGCGCGAGAAGAGAAGCACAAGAAGGCUCUUCAGGAGCAGAACCUGAAGGCCCUGGAGGAAGAAAGGGCUGCCAUGCUGGAGCAGGAGAGGCUGCUGCUGAAUGAGAAGCUCACCAUGGCUGAGCUGAAGAGGCAAGAGAGAGAGCACCAAGCCCAGGAGGAGAGACGAGGUCUGAACAAAGCAGAGAAGAGACGUCAUGCCGCCCUGAUACAGGAAAUCGCCCGCAGAGAGCAGGAGGAGAGGGAUGAGGCCAAGAGGGCAGCAGAGGAGAAGCUCAGCCGUUCCCUUGAAAACUACGAACAGAUAGUUGAACGUCGAGGGAAGGAGCUGAGAGAGAAGGCCAAGCGCGAGGAGAAGCAGAUCCAGAAAGCACGCAAGGCAGCAGAGAAGCGCGAGAGGCAACAGCAGCAGCUGCUGGAAGCUCGUGUGAAGGAAGCAGAAAAACGAGCCCAGCAGGCAGCUUUGGUGGCCGAGGAGAGGGCCAAGGAGAAAGCUCAGCGGGCAGUCCAGAGCCGACAGGAGAAGGAGAGACUCCAGAAGCUCAACAGGCAGCGUGUCGAGGAGGAGGAGAAGCAGAGGCGCCUGGAGCUGCUCCAGUCCAUUGAGAGGAAGCUGGAGAAGAGUGAGCAGAUCUUCAAAGAGAAGAAGGCAGUGUUAGAGAGCGCCCGAUCCGUGGCUAGAGCCUCUUUUCACGUGCGAGACAAAGUACGGGAGGAGACCAACAUGCGUACUUUUGAUAAAAUGGCUCUGGAAGCUCAGCUCAAAGCCAGUCUCGAUGAGAAAUAACCAUAGCUUUGUUGUGGACUCCUUACUUCUGGUCAUGUGCUUGGCUCUUGCCUUCAUUAUGGCCCCAGUCACUCAACAGCUUUACCGUUCUACCCAUAAGCACCUGCAAUGUUGUUUUUUUCCUCACUUAUCUUUAUCCAACAGCUGGUUUUAUUACAUUUUUCAUCAUUUUUAUUAGCAACACAAACAAAAUAAUUUUGUAUCAUGUAUGUAAUGAAACUACAAACUAACAGUCAAACCUGUGAAACACAUACAGUGGACUUCAUGUUAGAUAUGAGUCUUGAGCAGCAACAAACCCCUUCCCUCUCUUUCUCUUUGCCUUCUGCUCCAUCUAUGUCAGCUGCUGGACUGAAAGCUGUGCUGGAAUGAAAAGAGUCAUUGUUUACCAGGAAGCACAACUCCAUGACAACUGCAGAGGCUUUUAAGAGCGCACUCAUGUAAGAGAAAAAGAAGUAUAAGAAAAAGAAAAGGCAGAACGCAAAUGAUUCUGGACCCUCAGGGCAAAUGUGGGAUCCUUUUGAACACGCACUGUGACACAGCAUGGAAAAAUAGCCCCGGGCUGGACACUUAACCGCUGACAAUGCAGCACUGGAGGGUCGUGUGCACGAGCCCUCUGCUGAUGAAGCUUCGAAGGACACCGGCUUCCGCAGCAGGGCCCGUUUUGCCUCCCUUUCAAGGGAACAAGGGGGAGGAUAAGCAGCGUGCAAUGCAUCAGUGUCACAAUUCUCCUGGUCACAUUAGAUUAAAGUAAACAGUGAAGCACUCCGGCCACCGAUCUACUCUCACAGCUGCCUGGUGACCAAUCAAGGUCAACAGGUCCUGGUGGUGAACAAGAGCUGGUGAUGUAACCCACAAUCCUCCUGUCAGAGCUUUUCCUCCCACACUGAGCUUUAUCAAAAUGUAAAACAAAGUCUUUCCCGGUGGAAAUGCAAUCAUAUCAGAUCUUAUUUUAUAGGUUUUUAUUCAGUUUGUACCCGUUAACAGUGCCAACUAUUGUGCUGCAAAGAAGAACCCUACCGCCUUCUUACCUGCAUCAAUGAAACAACAUGUGCAAGGUUCAAACACAGCUUUAUUAGCAUCAAGGCAUGGUGUUUAGUCCAAUAUGUUUUUUCUCAUCUUCCCGUGACAUGUGGGCUCCGUUUCUGUAGCAUUUCUGGUGUUGAGUUAUUUGACGUUUGUGCAUACACUGAGUUGCAUUGUCAAGAAAAGAUUUUGAGAUGUAGCAAUAAUGAAAUGGUCAUGGAUGAUAUCGGACACAUCUGUCAGUUCAUCGUUUCCGUCAGUCCUCUAAAGUGAAGGUCUGUGCUUACAAUCAAAUGUGGAGAAAUAAAAACACAUUUUUCAAGUUGUAUUUGCA